GCGAGCAACACACCAAGCGAGAAUAUACCUUAUUCGAUAUUCACCCUGAACGAAAAGCGUUUUAUGGCCUUUAUUUUGACUUUUGCAUCGCUAUUCUCGCCAAUAUCUUCUACCAUUUACUAUCCUGCUCUGAGCCCGUUGGCAUCGGACUUGCAUGUUUCAAAUUCCCUGAUCAAUUUAACGAUUACAUCUUUCAGCAUUUUCCAAGGACUUGCACCCGCAUUCAUGGGAGCCUUCUCAGACGCGGAGGGUCGUCGUCCAGCAUACCUGAUAUGCUUCACCAUCUACAUCGCAGCAAACAUAGGCCUGGCUUUACAGAGCAACUACGCCGCCCUCCUCAUUCUACGUUGCGUUCAGAGCUCAGGAAGUAGUGGCACGGUAGCUCUUGCAAAUGCCGUCGUUGCUGACAUAGCUACACCUCAUGAACGAGGAACAUGGAUGGGGUGGGCGAGCUGUGGAGCACUGCUCGGUCCUACUAUUGGCCCGGUUAUUGGAGGAUUGCUGACUCAAUACCUAGGGUGGCGGUCUAUUUUCUGGUUUCUCACUAUCUUCAGCGGUGUUUAUCUAAUUCCAAUCGUGCUCUUCUUUCCCGAGUCUUGCAGAGCUGUCGUCGGAAAUGGAGCCCAGCGGCCGCCAAAAUGGAACUCAUGCCUUCUCGAGCCUCGACUGAAGAAGCGGAUAGCUGAUAACGAAUCUUGGCUUGGUCCCCCAAUCCCCCCUCAUCCCCUCCGCUUUCCAAACCCUAUCAAAACGCUUUCCGUUCUCUUCGAGAAAGAAGCCAGCCUCAUACUGAUUUCCUCAGGCUUCCUUUUCGCGGGCUUUUACGCCGUCAUGGCCGGCCUUCCCUCCCAACUCGAAGCUAACUACGGUUACAACUCGCUGGAAGUCGGACUCUGCUUCCUCGCCUCUGGUGCCGGAGGCUCCAUCGUCGCUCUCAUAUCCGGUAAAAUGAUGGACGCGAAUUUCCGACGUUACGCAAGAAAACUCGGGCUGGAUGCAACCGAUACUCGUCGGCUGCGCACGCUAUCCACAUUCCCGAUCGAAGCCGCACGCCUCGAAAUCGCGCUCCCGUUAAUCCUCCUUGGUGCUGCGAACAUCCUGGCUUUUGGUUGGGUUAUGCGGUUUAAGACACAUAUCGCAGGACCCCUUAUCUUAUUAUUCUUCACGGGAUUCGCGACAACUGGAGCGUUUACGAUUUUGAGUACGUUGGUGGUGGAUUUAUUUCCCGAAAAGCCGGCGACGGCAACCGCAGCUGGGAAUAUGACAAGGUGUUGGCUAGGAGCAGGGGCUAUUGCUAUGGUGGUGCCAAUGGUGGAUAGGAUUGGGACGGGGUGGACGUUUACGUUUGUGGCGGCUUUGUGGUGUGUGUUGGUGCCGCCGUUGUGGGCAGUUGUGAAAUGGGGGCCUGGAAUGAGGAGGGAGAAGGAGGAGAGAUUA